UCCGCAGGAAGUACAAGGGCAGACUACCCUCAAAUGUAAAAGGCGCAAGCUAGUAAUGCUAUUCAAAUCUAAUAUUUGGACGUUAUUUUACUGAUUUACAGUUAAAGCGUGCUUGUUCUUAAGCACAAAGGAAGCAGAAAUGGCAGGGGGCUCGAUCGAAAUCCCGCUAAGGGAUACAGACGAGGUGAUAGAGCUUGACCUGGACCAGCUUCCAGAAGGAGAGGAAGUGCUCAGUAUUCUUCGACAAGAAGUAGCUCCCCUGCACAUCUGGGUUACUCUUGCACUUGAAUACUACAAACAAGGAUUCAUCGAUGACUUUCUUAAAAUCCUUGAAGCAUCUCGCACAGAUGCCAGCCAGGACUAUCCCAACAGUGAGCGUGAUCAAAUGCGAUCACUUGAUACACUGGCAGCUCAUUAUGUCCAGCAGGCUCAUCGUGAGAAGAACAAGGACAAAAAGCGAGAGUUAUUCACCAAGGCAACUCUGCUGUAUACCACUGCUGACAAAAUUAUCAUGUAUGACCAGAACCAUCUGCUUGGCCGUGCCUACUUCUGUUUGUUGGGGGACAAGAUGGAGCAGGCUGAUGCUCAGUUCAACUUUGUGCUGAAUCAGUCUAGCAAUAACAUUCCAUCUUUGCUUGGCAAAGCAUGCAUUGCCUUCAACAAGAAAGACUGGCGAGGAGCUCUGGCCUACUACAAAAAAGCCCUCCGCACCAACCCCAAGUGUCCUGCAUCUGUUCGUCUUGGCAUGGGUCACUGCUUUGUGAAGCUCAACCGCUUACCAAAAGCAAGAAUGGCAUUUGAGCGAGCCUUACAGCUAGAUGCACAGUGUGUCGGGGCACUUGUUGGUCUGGCAGUGCUGGAGCUCAACACAAAGACUCAAGAUUCAAUUAAGAGCGGUGUGCAGUUGCUGUCCCGUGCCUAUGCUAUUGAUCCUACCAACCCAAUGGUGCUCAACCACCUCGCAAAUCAUUUCUUCUACAAAAAGGACUAUCAGAAGGUGCAACAUCUUGCCCUGCAUGCUUUGCACAAUACUGAAAACGAGGCAAUGCGAGCCGAGAGCUGUUAUCAGCUAGCUAGGGCUUUCCAUGUGCAAGAAGACUACGAUCAGGCCUUUCAGUAUUACUAUCAAGCCACACAGUUUGCUCCUACCAGCUUUGUGUUGCCUUUCUUUGGACUUGGCCAGAUGUACAUCUAUAGAGGUGACAAUGACAAUGCUGCUCAGUGUUUUGAGAGAGUACUGAAAGCACAGCCCAACAACUAUGAGACAAAAAAGAUUCUAGGAUCACUCUAUGCCAACACUUUUGACUUGGAGAAACGGGAGAUCGCAAAGCAACAUCUCAAGAAGGUCACAGAACAGUUUCCUGAUGAUGUAGAAGCAUGGAUAGAGCUGGCACAGAUUUUGGAACAGUCCGAUGUGCAGGGUGCCCUCUCAGCAUAUGGAACAGCAACUCGCAUUUUGAAGGAAAAAGUGGAAGCAGAUGUACCUCCAGAGAUUUUAAAUAAUGUUGCUGCCCUGCAUUUCCGUCUUGGUAACUUCCAGGAAGCAAGGAAAUACUAUGAGGCCUCCCUUGAGCGAUCAAAAACAGAUGCACAGCAUGAUGAAACAUACUACAGUGCCAUUUCUGUGACAACGACCUACAACCUUGCCCGCUUAUAUGAGGCGCUGCAUGAGUACGACAAAGCUGCCAAAUUUUACAGAAACAUCUUACGAGACCAUCCCAACUAUGUAGACUGCUAUCUCAGGCUUGGAUGUAUGGCUCGUGAUCGUGGCCAAAUUUAUGAAGCAUCUGAUUGGUUUAAAGAAGCUUUGCAGAUUAAUCAGGAUCACCCAGAUGCCUGGUCACUGAUUGGCAGUCUCCACUUGGCAAAACAGGAAUGGGGUCCAGGUCAGAAGAAGUUUGAGCGAAUUCUUCAGAGACCACAGACAAAAGAUGAUGCGUAUUCACUUAUCGCCUUGGGAAAUGUGUGGCUACAGACACUGCAUCAACCCAUGAGGGACAAAGACAAGGAAAAGAGACACCAGGACAGGGCCCUGGCCAUGUACAAACAGGUGCUCAGGAAUGACCCCAAAAAUAUCUGGGCUGCUAAUGGCAUAGGCUGUGUGCUAGCUCACAAAGGCUGUAUCAAUGAGGGACGUGACGUGUUCGCCCAGGUUCGUGAAGCCACAGCUGAUUUUUGUGAUGUCUGGUUGAACAUUGCUCAUAUCUAUGUAGAGCAACGCCAGUUUGUGGCAGCAGUACAAAUGUACGAGAAUGCACUGAAGAAAUUUUUCAAGAACCACAAUGUUGAAGUGAUGGUGUAUCUGGCUCGGGCCUAUUUUAAAUGUGGCAAACUACAGGAUUGCAAGACCACACUUCUGAAGGCUCGUCAUGUAGCACCCCAUGAUACAGUCCUACUGUACAAUAUUGCGUUGGUACAGCAGAAGUUGGCCACAUCAGUGCUCAAAGAUGAGAAGAGUAACCUGAAGACAGUACUUACUGCUGUCCGAGACUUGGAAUUAGCCCACAGAUAUUUCAGCUACCUUAGUCAGAAUGGGGACAGGAUGAAGUUCGACCUAAACCAGGCAGCUGCUGAAGCAAGGCAGUGCUCAGAUUUGCUGAGUCAGGCCCAGUAUCAUGUGGCACGUGCACGCAGAAUUGAUGAAGAAGAGAAAGAGAUUCGUAAACGACAGGAAGAGGAAAGGGAGGCCAUUCGACAGAAGCAUCUGGAAGAACAGUUAGAGAAGCAGAGAGCCAAAGAAGAGAUGGAUAAAAAGCUGUUGGAGCAAAGAGCAGUGUUCAUUGAGAAAGCAAAGACCAUUAACCUGGAGACCUUACCUGAAGACAAGCCACGAAAAUCUGGGAAGAAGAAACGAGCUGAGGAUGGGGAGAUUCUGUCUGAAGGCAGCGAAGAUGAAGCACCACGCAAAAAACGCAAGAAGAAGCAUGGCAGUGGAUCAGAAGGUGAAGACGAGGAUGGGGAGCGCAAAUCUAAGAAGAAAAGAAAGAGGUCAAGAAAGAAUCGGGGUGAGUCUGAUGAAGAAGGUGAAGGCCGGGAACGGCCUCGCAAGAAAGGACGAAAACAGAAGGAAGGGAAAGAAAGCAAGAAGAAGAAACAGGUGGAGGAUGAGGAUGGGCUUACAGCCAAGCAGCGACGCAAAGUUGUUUCCAAGGCAAUCAUUUCUUCCAGUGAAGGCUCAGAAUCAGAAGAUGAAAAACUUAAGAUUGAUGAUGAAAGUGGCAGUGAAAAUGAAGAUGUUGGUAAGCGCCGUCGCAUCUUAUCCUCUGGAAGCGAGAGUGAUGGUGGCAGUGGUGCCAGGAGGUCCAGGUCUCGCUCAGGAUCCAGAUCUGGCUCAGAUCGGCAGUCACGAUCUCGAUCUGGUUCUGGAUCCAGAUCCAGGUCAGGAUCUCGAUCUGGGUCUCGUUCAGCAUCUGGGUCUCGAUCACGGUCAAGAUCUCCAUCAGGAUCUCGCAAAGGAUCAGGAUCUGAGUCUGAUGGUGGACAGAAAUCUGGAGAUGAGGGAAGAGAAACUAGCCGGUCUCCCAGGUCAGGUAGUGGUUCUCCCAGAUCGCGUUCAGGAUCACCAAGAUCUCGUUCAGCAUCCCCAAGAUCAGGUGCUGGGUCACCAAGAUCUGGAUCAGCAUCACCCAGAUCAGGUGAAGAAGGAUCACCCAGGUCUGGUGGUGGGUCACCCAGGUCUGGUGGUGGAUCACCCAGGUCUGGUGGUGGAUCACCCAGGUCUGGUGGUGGAUCACCCAGAUCUGCUGGUGGAUCACCAAGAUCUGGUUCAGGGUCACCCAGGUCAAGGAGUGGAUCACCCAAGUUGGCGGGUGGGUCUGGUUCUGACAGCGAGUGAUGAGUCUGUGUCAUCUGUUUCAUCAGCUAUCAUCUGAUUUUAAUUGGGGAAAAAACACUUCUAUAGCCUUUCUUGAAAAACAGUGAUCCCCACAGGAGUCAUCAAGAAGCAUGUUUCCUCAAAUAUAUGGACUCUUCACCUGAACUAUGUGCAACGUUUACAUUUUAGGUUUUAAAUAAAUAUAAGCAUUGGAUAAAAUAUAUAGACAAAUACAUGACAACUGAAAAGGGCUAGAAGAGAAUCAAGCUUAAACUGUCAUACUGCACAUUUAGAUGUCAUGGAGCUAAUGUAAGAGAGUGCAUCUGGAAGUAAUUAGUUGCUGUGCAUUUAUGAAUGUCAUUCAGUGGGUGGGUUUCAACUGGGAGGUAAAGAAUACUUUCUCAGCUCUUUAAAUUUGUGCAGAGUACGCUGUUUGGCAUUUGUUUGCAUACUUACUAAAAUCAUUUUUUAAGUGGAAAAUUUACCAACUAAUUUUUCACAGUGGGGUAGCACACUCUGACACAUUUCUACUUUAGUUUGAAGACAAUACUGAUAUUUUUUACAAUCUACAAAAUAAGUAUGAUAAAGCCAGAGCUAAAGUUUAAACAGACUGAACCAGUAAACUACUUGACAUUGCUUUAUUCCUAAUCUUUCAACUGAUUUUAUAAAAUCUUUUAAUAUUUCAUGGCCUUUUUAAUGUAGAUGAUAAAAGUACCUUUCAUAAUUAUUUGGCACAGUAAACAUAAGAAAAGAAUUUAUGAUAUAUAAUUAGAAAUAAAUGAAACCAUAUGGUAUACAGACUCAAUAAGGUUAAACUAGUCAUGUAACUUGUCCAGUGAUUUGUCAGAGGACACAUUUUAUAUGAGGGUUGGGUGGUGCCAGACUCCAUUCUCUAUCUUUCUCUCUGCGCCUUACCGUCCCCAGCCCUGUAAGUGAUAAGGUACCCAUUUAAUGCCUGGAUCAACUACAGGAAAUUUUAUUCACUGCGCUGUUAUAAAACUGGCUUUAUGUACAUGCCUCUAGCCUUGGAUUCUCUUACUUCUCAGCUAUCUGUUUCUCCAGAAUGUAAAUGCUGUUUGUAAGCUGCUAAGUGACUAAAGGAGAGGCAACCUGGCCAAAAAAAAAAAUCAGUUAAAGAAUAGUUCACAUUCUGUAUUGCCUUUCCUUCUAUUCUUAGUGAUGCCAAGAUUUUAAUGGUCUGGAGAUCUUCGUCUCUUGGCAACAACUAUAGGACCUUGAAUGUGUUAGUAUCAUGUGAGUGCAUGUGUUAUAAUUCAUUCCAGGAUUAUUUUAUUUUUACUUUAAAGAAUGUUAUUCAUAAAUUGCCGGGUAACUGGCAUUCUUCAUAUUAUCAUCAGUGCAACAGGUUCCCAUAAGAAAUGCUGUCAACAGAAAAAAGGCUUAAGAAGACAUCAUUUUCAGAGCCUUUCUUAGUCACCAACACUUGGUGAAGAUUUUAUAACAGUCCAAUCUGUAAUGUGUAAUGAUUAGUCGUACAAUUAACUCCUCUUAUAUGCAUACCCUCCUGACCAAAUUUAAUGUGCUUAUAGAAGAGCAUGCUUCGUAUAUUAAAAUGAAUUUAAAGUGGUUGGGACGUUAAUUCUAGGUAAGGACAUAAUGUACUAAAAGCAGCAUUUGGAUAUUAAAGGCAACAAAAAGACAAUCUUGUGAAAA